AUAGCCUCCUCACCGUGCCAGCCACCAAAUUAGAGCCCUCACACUGCGUAUCGCCUUAAGUAUGACCCUUCCAUCCACACUUGUUCUUCUCUCUUUCUGACCCUCCUCUGGACGCCACACACAGACAUGUCUCACCGCAAAUUCCACGCCCCUCGCCACGGGCACAUGGGGUUCCUGCCCCACAAACGGAGUAAGAAGCACAGGGGUAAAGUGCGCACCUGGCCCAAAGACGACCCCAGCAAACCCGUCCACCUCACGGCCUUCCUGGGAUACAAGGCUGGCAUGACCCACACCCUCAGGGAGGUGGUCCGCACUGGCUUCAGGCAGUCCAAGCGGGAGGAGGUGGAGGCGGUCACCGUCAUCGAGACCCCCCCCAUCAUUGUGGUGGGGCUUGUGGGAUACAUUCACACCCUCCGUGGCAUGCGUUGCUUCAAGACCAUCUUUGCCGAGCACAUGAGCGACGAGUGCAAGCGCAGAUUCUACAAAAACUGGUACAAGAGCAAGAAGAAGGCCUUCACCAAGUACAGCAAGAAAUGGCAGGAGGAGAACGGCAAGAAGCAACUUGACAAGGACUUCGCCCUCAUGAAGAAAUACUGCUCCGUCAUCAGAGUAAUUGUCCAUUCCCAGGUGCGUGUGCUGCCCGUCAGGCAGAAGAAGGCCCACCUCAUGGAAGUGCAGCUGAAUGGUGGCAGCAUCUCGGACAAGGUGGACUGGGCGAAAGAGCACCUGGAGCGUGCCGUGCCGGUCUCAGCGGUCUUCUCCCAGGACGAGAUGAUCGAUGUCGUCGGCGUCACCACGGGCCAUGGCUUCAAAGGUGUAACUAGCCGCUGGCACACCAAGAGGCUCCCCAGGAAGACCCAUAAGGGCCUGCGGAAGGUGGCGUGUAUCGGAGCCUGGCAUCCCGCCCGUGUGGGCUACACCAUCGCCCGUGCUGGCCAGAAGGGUUACCACCACCGCACAGAGCUCAACAAGAAGAUCUACCGCAUCGGGAAGGGGCUCCACGUCAAGGAUGGGAAAGUGAUCCGUGACAAUGCCACGACAAACUAUGACACCACCCAGAAGACCAUCACCCCUAUGGGAGGCUUCCCCCACUACGGAGAAGUGACCAACGACUUCGUCAUGUUGAAGGGCUGUGUGGUCGGCCCCAAGAAACGCGUCCUCACCCUCAGAAAGUCACUACUCAUGCACAAAUCUCGUAAGGCCAAGGAGCACAUUGAGCUGAAGUUCAUCGACACCACUUCCAAAUUCGGUCAUGCACGCUUCCAGACGCCUCAGGAGAAGAGGGCAUUCAUGGGCCCACUGAAGAAGGAUGCCUUGAAGACAAAGCUGGAGCCCCUGCUGGAGGAGGCCUGAAGGAGAGAAACGCUCACUCCUCACAGAAACUAAUAAAGCUGUGUGACCUUCAA